CUGUACCGUAGUAUCCACCCUGCGCUGGGAACUGACAUACAGCCACAAUGAGCCUCGAGAAACUCUCCUCUAACAAGGCGUUCGGCGGCGAGCUGACCAAGUACAAGUUCAAGUCGGCAGCGCUCGGCGGCCUCGACGCCAACUUCAACCUGUUCCUGCCCGCGAACGCCGCAGGCGGGAAGGUGCCCGUGCUGUUCUACCUCUCCGGGCUCACCUGCACGGAGGACAACGGCGCGCAGAAGGGCGGCUUCAUGGGCCCGGCGGCGCAGGAGGGCAUCGCGCUCGUGUUCCCCGACACGUCCCCGCGGGGCGCGGGCGUCGCGGGCGAGGACGACGACUGGGACUUUGGCACAGGCGCGGGGUUCUACGUGAACGCGACGAACCCGAAGUACGCGAGGCACUACAACAUGCUCACGCACGUCACGCUCGAGCUGCCCGAGGUCAUCCAGGCGGCGGGCCUCCCCAUCGACUUCACCCGCCAGUCGAUCUUCGGGCACUCCAUGGGCGGGCACGGCGCGCUCACGCUGUACCUCAGCUCCGUGCUGAGCGGCACGAAGCAGUACCGCUCCGCGUCCGCGUUCUCGCCCAUCUCGAACCCGACGCAGUGCCCGUGGGGCCAGAAGGCGUUCGGCGGGUACCUCCAGGGCGGCGUCGAGGAGGCAAAGGACAAGUACGACGCGACGGAGCUCAUCGCCAGGACGGGCGGGGAGCCGCUGCACGUUCUCGUCGACUACGGCACCGGGGACAACUUCUACAAACAGGGCCAGCUUCUUCCGGAGAACUUCCUCAAGGCGGCUCGGGACGCUGGCUACGACGAGGUGCAGGUCCGCGUGCGGAGCCAGGAGGGCUACGACCACAGCUACUAUUUCAUUUCGACAUUCGGCGCCGACCAUAUUCACUUCCAUGCCAACUUUCUUAAGGCGUAAAGCCGCACUGUGACGAGGGAAGCCGAGAGGUGACGAUACAGUGGAAGAACGGGAGAAGUGUGUAUCGUAAGAAUGAAAUAUGUGAAACAGUCAUACUGAUGU